AUGGCCGCCUCCCUCCCUACCACCGCCGUCGCCGCGCGCCUCGCGGCCCAGGCCUUCGCCUUCCCGUCGCCCAAGCCUUCGUCCGCCCCCGCCUUCUCCACACUCCCGCGUGCCGCCGCCUUCCCCGCAAUCGCCGUCGCGGCGGCGCCCCUGAGUCCGCGCCGCCCGCGGGAGCCGAGGCCGACGGCGGCCGGGGCCGGGGGCGACGAGAGGGAGACGAUACUGCUCCCCGGGUGCGACUACAACCACUGGCUGAUCGUCAUGGAGUUCCCCAAGGACCCCGCGCCCACCCGCGAGCAGAUGAUCGACACCUACCUCAACACCCUCGCCACCGUCCUCGGCAGCAUGGAGGAAGCCAAGAAGAACAUGUAUGCCUUCAGCACAACCACUUACACUGGGUUCCAGUGCACUGUCGAUGAGGAGACGUCAGAGAAGUUCAAGGGUUUGCCUGGUGUUCUGUGGGUGCUUCCUGAUUCCUACAUCGAUGUGAAAAACAAGGACUACGGAGGUGACAAGUACAUCAACGGUGAGAUAAUUCCCUGCACGUACCCAACCUACCAACCAAAGGAGCGGAGAACAUCCAAGUAUGAGAGUAGACGGUAUGAGAGGCGAAGAGAUGGCCCCCCAGCCAGCAGGAAACCAAGGCAACAGGCGCCUCAGACUGAGUCAGCAUCUUCAUGA